AUGAUAUCGCAAAUUGGAAACCAUGGCGACAUGGCGGGUCGCGCGGACGAAUGACUCGUCGGGCGUCGCGAGUGCGCUUCGUCCAAGCACUGGCUAUCGUGAGGAUAUGAUUCGACGUGGCGCGAUCCCCCGGGACUUUGUCGCUGAAAACCGCAAGCUGGUCAAGCAGAAGCAGCGCGAGUUGCAGAAGAAGAAGGAGGAGGACGAAGUGCGCGCAAAAGCGCAGCUAGAGCGCGACAAUUUCAAGAUCAAAAAGUUUACCAAGUCCCGAAGAGGAGGCUCCUCGUCGUCGUCGUCGGUGGGGGACUUGGCGUCAGAAGCUCCGAGCACGCACAGCAGAAUGUCUCGGAGUUCCCAUCGAUCCGCCGUGGACGAUCGGUUAACUAAGGCACGUGUCCCAACCCAGGCAGAACUCAGGCAGCGCGAGGACGACCUGAAGGAGAUGACGCAGCACCUCCGCAACAAGAACGUCGACUACAUCAGCACGAAUGCAUGGCAUGUCAUCCAACAGACCCCCAAGCGGCUGGACCCGUCGCCGGCCGAGGUGCGCGAUUCAAAAGCAAGGCGGCACCGCAACUUCGGCGAAGUCCCAGGGUAUAUUCGAGCUCGUAAAGCAGCGUGGGCCAAGGAGGAAGGCGACCGACGCGCGAACCUCCCCGAUCCCGACUGUCCCCCUGGCAUGGUGCUCAUGCCCGACGACGAGCGGGUGGCUACCCUCGCGACCCUUCGUGAGACCCUCGAACAGACACGGCGGCAGCUCCAAGCGCUCCCAUUACGCAUCGAAACCCUGAGUCAGAUCCGCCGCAAGACCGCCAUCGAUUCGAAAAUGCAAGAGAUCGAAGACGCAAUCGUCGUUUUCGACAAGCCCAAAGUGUUCAUGCUGCCCCCCACCACUCUAAGUGCCUAGUUGGCCUCAAACACUCACAUUUUUCUCCAUGAUAUGACGCCUCGAUCUCCCCAAAUACGUCGAGAUCGACGAUUCAACGAACCAGACUUCAUGGAGGUAUGAGCCCCAUGGGGGUUGCACUUAGAUGUCCGACGACGAAUAGCAGUAGUUUAGUAGUUAUAGAGGGGGGACAUUUCAAUCGCUACGUUGUUAAUCGACGUUAUUGUACGGAAGUUCCCCGAUACAAGGGAUUUGGUAGUACAACGUUCCAUAUCAAGUGGAGAUCCCAUACGAAGU